GGCCAAUAUCGAAGUUUAAAAUACGUGGUACAAAUUUACGAUUCAUGAAUUGCCCGAACAAAAUUGUUGUCUCAGGUAUCGGGUAGCGUGUACGUACAUCAUCGGUACAGAAAACGUGGAAAUCAACAAGGAUGUAAACUAGCCUCGAGACACGGCCCCAGAUUCUCACACAUCAACUCGCCGGGUUUCAGAAGCUUUUUCUGGUAAUCCAUUGUGGACGGUUUGAGUACGCAGAAACCCUAACGCCGCGGUUGUUAAAGUCAAGGAUCUCGAAACUCCCACUGAAAAUGGACCAGGAGAAUGAAGCGUCUCACGAAGUCUUUGCACACGAUAAGAGGAGUGGAAGUUCUAUUAUUGCUGCUUUAGAAAAUCGAGAUGCCAAGAGGCGGUCGAUUGGACUGGCAGAGGAUUCUUCAACCUUGCUUGCUGAAUCUCCUGGGGUUACAAAGCUUGAUCCUCCUCCUACUUGUGUCUUGAACCUGAGCAAAAGCCUGGCUCCUAGAAUUCCCCAAACAAAACAACAACUGAAAGACAUGGGAUCAAUGCUUGGAUGUGUGGAUGAUGAUGAUCACGGGUUGGAGAGCUUUAUUUAUUGCAUUUCUAGUGUGAAUGAUACAAAAGCUGCAGAGGAUGUGUUGAUUGCUGCAGGUUAUGGAAAGGGCUCAAAAGAGUAUAUGUCACGAUAUGAUUCGUUGAUGAGUUUUCAACAGUCAUACGGGUAUACUGUGAAAAGAAAGAACCUUGAUAUUAGCGCGGGCGUGCGUUUGGAAGCUCUGUUGGAUGAAGAUGGUGAUCUUGCAAUUGGUAAGGUGCAAAAGUACCGGAUGGGUUGAUAUUAUUCAUUUAAAUUGGUAUCCUGCUGUAAAGGAUAAUUAUAUCAUGGAAAGCGGUACUUUAAUGACUAUGCUUUACCGGUGAUGAAAUUGUAUUGGGAAUUGGGUAGUGUACUCUUGGGUCAUCCAGAAAAGUCUCUAUCGGAGCCUUUGGAGAACUGGGUAAUGUUGUUGUAUUGUUAGAGUAUUAUUUAUUUGGAUUAUUGCAUUUUCGAGUAAGGUGGUGUGCAUGUGUUGGUUAUUUACUAUAUACUCUCUUCCAUCAUAGGGCGUCUUAUGUGGGAAAUGGACUCUAUUAAUAGCUUCUAUUG